UUAUUCUUCCAUCUGUCAAGAGAACGUAUAUUCUCUGAGGAUCGGGCGCGGUUUUACGGUGCAGAGAUUGUGUCAGCGUUGGAUUAUCUGCACUCUGAGAAGAAUGUCGUUUACAGAGACCUGAAACUGGAGAAUCUUAUGCUGGACAAAGAUGGUCACAUCAAGAUAACAGACUUCGGUCUCUGUAAGGAAGGAAUAAAGGACGGCGCAACCAUGAAGACUUUCUGCGGCACUCCCGAAUACCUCGCACCUGAA